AGCCUUGAGAUUGCAACAUGUUCAGCCUGUAAGAACUACAAUAAUGCCUUUGUUCUGCUUGCCCAAAGCUCUAAACAUUUCCACCUCCUUCCUGUGGCAAUGGAUCCCUGCAGAUCCAGACAGGGAAGAGACCCCAGGCUGUGGCAGGAACCAGGGGUACACUGAGGCUUCCCAGCCUUCCUCACGUGGAAGUGCCAUGUCCUGUUCCAGCUCUUGGCCUGUGGCAUGCAGUACUGCCUGAAUAAACAGAGCAGGAGUCAAAACAUGGAAGUUUAAGCUUCAGUUUCUCUCUGAAGUUGCUUCCUUGGGGAUGUUUUUCACAAACCAGUUACUGACAUCCCAGCUGCUAAUGUUUUCUUUCCUCCAAAUACCUAACGUUGGUCAAGCCACAGUUAGCAGGUAAUACUUUUCAGAGCAUGGUGCCAGACAAUUACCCUAAAGAUUUAGCAUUACCUUUGUAGUACAAAACACAUAACUGGCUCUUGGUCUCAGGCAUGGUGUGAAACAAGGAAAUUCAAUCUGAGAACAGUAAGUCCAGAAAAAUUUGGUCAGGCAAAUACCUAAAUGUGAUUUAUAGUUCUAAACAUACAAUUUCAUAUCUAUAUAUAUAUGCACAGAGUUGCAUGUUUCCAUAAACCUUUUUUAAAUUAUACUUUCCUGAUGUAGAAUCAUAACAGAAAUUCAUUACUGUUUUGAAACAACAGACUGUUAAUGUUGUAUGAGAAUUUAAGCACUAGUAAAGGUUUACUAGCGUGUCUAUGGACUAUUCAGUAUAGAAAUUGCAACUUUUUUGGGUCUCUAAGGAAGACAGACCCCAAAAAGAGAAGAGAGAAGCCAAAUCCCUAAGUGUUUCUAAUCGGCUAGCAAUCACCUGCAUAAUGUACAACUGGAGUGAACAAAGUCUCUUCAAGAACUCUAGCUCUGGUUUGCAUCACAGUGCCAACAGUUCCGCCAGGAACUUCUUUAAAAAUCACAUACUUUAAAGAAAUUCAUGAUGCUAGACAUCACCAGGGGCUGAAAAACAAAUGCCUGCCAGAGGCAUGGGAUAACAGAACAUCAGCACCACAAACCUUGUGCAAAUUUGCCCUGAAGAGAAGCAAACAGGCAGAAAGUUUAUGAAAAUAGUGGGGGCUAUUGAGCUGCAGAACCAUUUUCCACACGGAGUCAGGAAAGCCUCCUGUUUCAAACAGCUUUGAAAGACAGCCUAGUUGGACAGGCCUCCUCCAGCCAAAAAUCUUUAAGGCUAGUGAAACUUCCUUAGUUCACCACAGGGCUGUUACUCAACGUUGUAAAGCUCCUGUGUGUGUCUGGCGGAAAUAAAACAGUUCUGUGCAAAGAUGCACAACACUGAAGCCAUGGGAGGAAACUGAGGCCAUUUCCCAGGCCACAAAGGGCUUUGAGUGUUGCUGUUUGCUGAGGCACUGAGGGGUGGCACAGACCAAAACCUGGGUCCAGAGAAGCAGCCAGGAGGUUUGCUGCUGCUUCCAUGGAGCCAUCCCCUCACCCCAAGGUCUGUCCUGAGAGGGAUCAAGCCCCUCUUUGGAGUCCAGGCAUUUCCCUCUGUCUGCCCCUGCUUCUCUGAGAAACAGGAAAAGGAAUGGAGUUACAUUCUCUCUUUAGCCAGCUCUCUUUCAUUUAAAUAGAUUCUGAUGUGAGCUGUAGUAAAAUUGUUCAGUGAAAAAAAAAAAAACCAGGUAAGAAAUACAAUUUCCUACACACUUUUAUGCAUUAUAUUUUUGAAGACUUGGAUUUUUUUUCAAAGUUUCUUAUUUAAGCAGUAGCUACAUGUAGACAAGGUUCAAAUCUCAGUGGUUUUACCUGGAAUUGCUUCAGGUUUUACUAAACAGCCAAUUUCAUCAUAUACAAGGAAAGACAGGAAUAGCAAGAAAAAGAAUUAUGCAACUUGGGGAAAUUUCAGCAUUUCCAUUCACAUCAUGAUCUGAUUUAUCUGACUGACUUGGGUUCCACCUGUUGUUCUGAGAUGUUUUCCAGCAGUAAUGACUAUAAUGAGGUUUUUGUAAGCUUCUUUUAAUUCCCAACAUAUUUCUUUCCUGUUUCUGCAAAUAUAAAUUUUGAUUUCUAACUCAUUUUUUCAGCAGUGAAUGCUACACCCCAAGCAUCACAAUAAUACAAACAAAUAUUCAUAAUGACCAUCUUGGAAGUCAAAAAAAAAGCUGUGUUUUCUGAACAUGUUACACACCACCACAUGAAUAAUGGCUGAAAUUCUGGGAAUUACCCAGAGCAAAACCACACCAAAAUCCCCACAGUGUGCCCCAGCAAAGUUCAGGAGCCACAGAGUACAGCAGGUCAAAUCACUCUUCCCAGGACUUUCAACAAUCCCAGCAGUGAAUUUAGAACUUGCCUCUGUUUCCAGCCUCAGAACCUGCAGUCACCUCACAUGCCAAGUUACCUGUGUAAGGAGGUAGGAAAAAAGUCAUAAAUCAGACUUUUCUCCACCUGAUAAUCGAACAGUGAGGCACAAGAUUUUCAUCACAUUGUUCCUCGGGAGUGUCCCUGUUCACACCACUGAGUUACAAUUGAAAGCAAAACCAUAGGUGAGGGUACAUGAGCAAACCUCUCUACACAAUAGCCUCCCAUCAAAGGUAAAACUAGACAUUAUUAUUCUUGCAGUGAAAUAUAGCCACUCCUAGGGAAAGGAAAGGCAGGGGGAAAAAAGCCUCAAAAAGGCACAUGUUUCAUAGCACAGAGCAGUGUGAAAGAAAGAUUGGGCCAGGAAAUGAUUCUUUCUACAAAGGGCACUUCUAUAGUUUAGGCAUGUAUGUAUUUUAUAUCUUAUACCCCUGAAGAUGGAAAGAUUAAGAUUGAUCCAGGGCCGAGCACCAGACUGUUUAACAAAUACCAGAUUAAAUAGUUUACAUUCCUCUCUCUUAACUGAUAAACUUGUACCUUAUAUGUAGGUUAGCAGGCACAGCUUUUUGGAAAGGUAUCAAUAUUGUAUUGUUAUACACACACAUUAUAAUUUUUAACUAGAUUUUGAAUUUGAACAGAUUCAUGGUGAGAUCAAUAAUAAUUUGAAUAUUUUAUUCUACCACUUUUUUCUCCAAUAUUGGCAUAUGAAUUAUACAGUUGAAUUUAAUAGACAACUUCUGAGGAGACCAUUAACUCAAACAUUCUUGCAGCAAUUAGCUUUUAUCUGCUAUGGAUCAAUUUCAGCAUUUUCUAUUUGGAGUGGUAGUAAGUGCCAAACUAAAGACGAAUCGCAGCCAAGAAAAAGCUUUUUAAGAAAAGCAGAUGCCAGGCAAAAAGAGCUUUCUUUUUUAAACUGUCCCCAGCCCAAAAUGCUUCUCGAUAAUCCCCCAUCGCCUUCCUCUCCUCCAGGCUGCUGUGCCAGAGACAGCCCUCGGCUGCCCGCUUUGUGCCGAUGCUCGCACAGGGUUUGUCAGCUCCGUGUCUGGGACAUGGGGAAGCAUUCAUUCCCACUUUAAAGAGUGUUAACCAAUCCCUUUAAAACCCCCAAGCACAGCGAGUCAAGUUCAUGGGUAGGGCAGUUUCUGCCACUUGAGUCCCCAGCUGGUGCUGAGCUGUUGAAAACGACAAACAAACAGCGCUUUUCCUAAUCCGGGAUGUUCUGGUAGUGCUGCUUGCUGUCCGUGUUGACUAUAAAGGUACCACCCGAAGUCUCAAAGGUCUUAUUAGUAGGUGUGUCCCUUCCUGAACAUCAGAUCCAGGAUUUUUCACUGAUCAUCUCACAGCUAACGAUAGCAAUUUAGCAGUGAUUUAUGAGGACUCCUCCCGUUUCCUUUUUUUAUAGGCAGAAGAGUAAAUAUGGAGAGAUCAGUGAGCCCUGAAGCAUGUCCUGCAUGUUCUACUUCUCUACUUUGAUUCCUGAAUUAGAGGAAACAUUGUAGUGUAUACACUUACAUGAUUUUGCUGCAUCAGAUUUGUCAUGGGUAUCUAAAUGUUAAAUUAUUAAGCUGACAGGUAUUCAGAUUCAUCUGUGCUCCUGAAUAUGAAAUUACCCAUAUCCAGAGCAGCACCAGGCUUACAUCUGCUGUGGGCAGGAAGUAUUUCACUGUACAUCCUCAUGACCUGUAGACCUGGUACUGAAUUCUUUUCCACUUUAAUUACAGUUUCACUGUCAUCACUGACAAGAAAGGAAAUGGUUUCAUGUUCCUUUAUCUAGAAUUAUCUCCAGGCUGUCAGAUAAAUACAUUUUCCAAACUCAAGUCUCUUAGCUGAGCCCUGAAAGAGUCAGUGAAACACAACAUGUGUUACACUGGUUGUGAGAUAUUUUGCCAGGAGAGAUGCUAUUUCAGAACCAUUACUUAUUGCACAAAAACAUGAAUAGGCUCUCUCAAGAAACAGCACUUCUCAUCCUCUUCACGGCAAGAGAGAAUUAUCCCUGAUGGAUAAUCACCUUCCCUCUCAUCUUACACACUCACUCUUCACCAGCAAGGGCAGAAGCAGUGCAAACCACCAGGCUUGCUUUAGAAAAGUCCCAGUUACCAGCUGCUCUCCAGCUCAGUGCAAUAGCACCAGGGUGGGCUAAAGAAGGUCCACCAGAAAAACCUUCUAUCAGGACAGGAAGCAGCAGUGAGCUGCCAGCCUUUGUCCUUCCUGAAGGAACCUUCAGCAUUCCAGGAUCCCAAAUGGUAAAUAAGAAGCGUCCAUGGUACUACAGAGCUGCAGACUAUCAAGAAGUUAUAUUUCAGUGCUUGGGCUUUUAAAUUAUUUGUGUUAUUAUUUUUCACACUUGCCUUCCUCCCAGCACAUCCCUUCCCUCUGUCCCGGUGGCCAUGCUGCUGGCAGCCACUAGAGGAUGCCCCCAGGGACUCGGGUGGUGGCAGCAGCAGGGCUGGUGGACAGGCAAGAGAGAAUCCUCCCAGCCCCGCUUCUGGGGCUGUUCUCCCCUGCAGCGUUAGCACUCGUGCCCUCCCACACCUGCAGGAAUAUUUUCCAUUGCUGGGGGUAGCCUGAGGUUGAUUUUGCGUUGUGGUGGCAGGGGUGAGGCAGUGCAGGAAUUUCCCAGCAGCUCCAAACCCCUGUGGAGCGAGUGGGAGAUGAUAUUUCAAAGCAAGCAAGACUCAAGCACCGGCGUGAGUGCGAGGGUCCCUCUCCAGGGUUCUUCUCCAGCUGCUGAGUUGAAUUCUUCCCUGAUGUAAUCUCCUGGGUGGGUCUCCUUGGGCAGUCCUGCUCCCCUCCCUGGCCCGGUGAUUAUCCAGUAAGCUGCUCAUGCCAGCUCACCUUUUAUGAAAGCACCUCUAGAUUUCAGCCCAAGGUUUAUUUAUUGAGUUUCUCUGCACUUUUCCUUUCUCCCGCUCUCCUGCCAAGACUCAGAGAUGGUACAAGGCCUGGAAGUAAAUAGAAAAUGCCAAACUUGGUUUUUUUUAGGUCACCGUAAACUACGUGCUUAUCUGCUUUCAGAAUACAUAAGCCACAGGAUGUCACCUCAAGUCAACACAGAAGGAUAAGGACUAGAACGCAGGUCUGGCUGUAGAUAUGAAUGUAUUGGGAUCACUGUGGGGAAGUGCAUGUUUGUAUACAAGAAAUACAUUUUUUAAUCCAGAGCCCUCUUCCUUUUUCCUUACAAGUUCCAUAUUCUUCUGGCAACAAAGGUCUUUUUAUAUCUCUGGGGUUUCAUAUUCCACCCAGCAGCCUAUCAUAGGAGAGCACAAAUCUACUAAAUAGUAAAAUGAGGGAUUACUUCCACUCAUCUGUUGACAGACAUUUCUCCAAAUUGGAUCAAAUGAUUAAAGGUAUUAGAAUGACGUCUUGCAGAUCCAGAUCAAAUCAUUUGAAACCUUGAGAGUGUUUCUCCUUUGCUUGGAAGAAACCACCAGAAAUAGUUGUAGGUGCUAAUUGCCCAUUAUUCUCACUAAUGUGAAAUUGUUAAUUGGGACCUUUGAAUAUUUUACUUACUUGAAUCCUAACCAGGGGUCUUCAAGAUGGAAGGACUGUGCAGCGGCUUGCUUCCCGACGUGCCCUUCGGGAUCUCUUCCGACGCCUGAAUGGUUCUGCCUCAAAUUGCUUACACUGAGAAGAGGGGUCCAGGCUGUGAAGUCUUCCAACAUCUCCCACUACAAAGAUGGCACUGCUGAAAGUCAAAUUCAAUCAGAAGAAACGGGUAAAACUAGCACAGGGACUAUGGCUCAUGAACUGGUUUUCGGUGUUUGCUGGAAUCCUUGUUUUUAGCAUGGGAUUGUUCCUCAAAAUUGAGCUCCGGAAGCGAAGCGAAGUGAUGGACAAUUCUGAAAGCCACUUUGUGCCCAAUUCUUUGAUAUUGAUGGGUAUAUUAUCCUGCGCCUUCAAUGGUUUUGCUGGAAAAAUUUGUUACGAUUCUCUGGAUCCCGCUAAAUUUGCCAAGUGGAAGCCUUUGCUGAAACCUUAUCUGGCACUGUGCUGCGUCUUUAACAUGCUCAUUUUCUUUGUGGCUCUGAUUUGCUUUCUCAUGAGGGGCUCCCUGGAGAGCACCCUGGCCCAGGGGCUCAAGAACGGCAUGAAGUUCUACCGGGACACGGACACCCCCGGGAGAUGCUUCAUGAAGAAGACCAUCGACAUGCUCCAGAUUGAGUUCAAGUGCUGUGGCAACAACGGCUACAAAGAUUGGUUCGAAAUCCAGUGGAUCAGCAACAGAUAUCUGGACUUCAGCUCCAAAGAAGUAAAAGAUCGGAUCAAAAGCAACGUGGACGGGAGGUACCUGGUGGACGGCGUCCCCUUCAGCUGCUGCAACCCCAGCUCCCCCAGGCCCUGCAUCCAGUACCAGGUCACCAACAACUCUGCCCACUACAGCUACGACUACCAAACCGAGGAGCUCAACCUGUGGCGCCGCGGCUGCCGGGAAGCGCUGCUGAACUACUACAGCGGCAUGAUGAGCUCCAUGGGCGCCGUCAUCCUCCUCGUCUGGCUCUUCGAGAUGUCGGUGAUGGUUGGCUUGCGCCUUCUGCACACCUCCCUGGAAAGCAUUGCCAAUCCCGAAGACCCCGAGUGCGAGAGUGAAGGGUGGGUCCUGGAGAACAGCCUGAAGGACACUUUCAAAUCCGCGCUGGAGAACUUGAAAAAGCUGGGUAAGUUCAACCAGGUGGAAGCAGGAGCCGAAGGGGCCGAAGGAGAGGAAGGCGGGAAGACGCCAGCCAUCACUACAGUCAGUUGAGCUGCUCAUUGAGGUGGACUUUUUCUCAGAGAAAAAUAACACAAACUGAGAAUUGUGAAUGUAUCUACAUCUUAAAAGCUAUGUAUCAAACACCAGAAUACACAGUUCUAUGCAUGUUCACUUUUGUACAUGGGAGCAUACAACAUAGUGCACCUUGGGAUAAAACACUUAUCCACAAUGUGAGUACACCAUAUCCAUAUCCUUCUGGGAAUAUGACCCCAACUAGGACUUGCAAUAUUCACAUGUUCCCUUGUCAGAGACAGUUAGUGUAAGAAAAAAAAAAAUGUAAAAAAAAAUAUUGCAGGCAUCACAAGGCAAUUUAUUCCAUCUUAUUUUGAAAUUAAAAGUGGAAUUUGAAAAGUUAUUAUUUUUUGCUCAAGUUGUUUCAUCAGCAUGCUUUCUGUACUUCAGCUUUUAAGGACAAACAGAUUGGGUUUCUGGAGAGUAACAUGAUAGAAUUCAAAGAAAGAAGGAUUUCCAGAAUUGUAUAUAACUUAGUAUACAGGUAUUUUGACAAACCUCUCAUAUGUGAUUUUUGUUAAUGUGCUAAGCAACGGUAUUUUCUGCUGUAUUCUUAAGACACACAUAGAACAAGAUGCAAACUUAUGCUGAGAAUUUAUGUACUAAGCAAAAAUUGUAAUUUAAUGAAGCAGCCCAGCAUCAUAAAAACAACAUUCAGGUAAGAUUGAGGGGGUUUAUUUCUCAGGGUUUUUUUGCAGGCUGUAUAUCUGGAAUAUAUGUGUUGUAGACUUAUGCUUCACCUUGUAUUUAAAUUCUUUGCAGAAGCUUAGAAGAUUCAUCUUUUAGUGGGUGGAGUCCAGGCUAUGAGCCAGUUACGGUUACUCUGGACAUUUUACAGAGUAUGUCAUCCCAUAACUUGCUCCAGAAUAUUCAAGCCCAACUAUAUUUAAGGCAAGAAAAAGACAAACCCAAAUCUAGACCCAAAUCCAGGCCAGUUAGAACUCACACAUUAAAUGUUUUCCAGGGGCCUAGAAAGUGGAUACCAUUCAUCCACAUGUACUUCAAGCCUCACCCUUUCAGGCCAGGGAAAACUGAGUUUAAAUCAAUCCCCAAUAUGCAAAUUUUACUUUUUCAGUGAGGGGGUACUCCUCAUUAGAUCUUUUACAUCAAAGGGAAGGCACAAUUUGCAGAUGCUGCAUCUCUCCAAACUUAAUGUCAUAGCUGGAGGAUCCUGUUUUCAACUUGGAAUAAACCACGGAAAGAGUUUGCUGUGGCAUGCAGCCUCUAAUAAGGGAACAGAGCAUCAUCUUGAGUUUAUUUUGCCAGAUAAUUUCAGCUAAAGGGAAAGAAACUGGAGAGAACAAUCCCCUGCACCAACGACUGCAGACACCUCAGUCCCUCCCUGCAAGCCAGGCACCACACUUUUACCCUGGCUGUGCAAACCCUCUACUUCUUGGGGGUGUACCAGGGAGAGGUUUCUCGGUGGGUCCCUUCUCCCUGGCUGGUGGCUGCCCCUCAAAGGCAGCAGUGUUUGCAGCUGCGUCACCACAGCACAGCCCCCUGGUUUUCAUUCUUAAUCACUUGUGCACUUGCCCCAGCAGCACUCAGCUCCUCCAGCUUCUGUCCCAAUUCCUUCUAGAUGGACAGUUCAAGGCAGGACAAGCAGGGAUGUGUCCGUACAUCACGCCAUAAUUUCCAUCUCAGUGCCCAGGUUGUUUCAGGCCACCUGCACACAAGGUUUCAUUUUGACAGGGGUCUGUGGCGUCCUUUCACUUUCUCAAAGCUGGUCAAAGCUUUCAACUUUAGUUAUGGUCAUGAAUUUAGUUACAAUAAUGAAUUAAAAAUUCUCCUCUCCUGUGCAUAAGACAAGGACAAGGGCACUGACAAAAGGCCAACUUGCUACUCACCACAGCCUAUCGUCUCUCGCUCUGCUGAGGGACAGAACUGUACGAGCCAGAGCAGCUCCUCCCUGCCCAGCAGGAUGUCACUGGGGCCAGCUGCCCCUCUCAGCUGGCCCCUCAGGGAAGAGCAGGAUUGUGGAUGGCACACAGUGUGGCCACAUGUACCAGAGAAGAGCUUGGCAGAGGAGUCACGUGUGGAUAGGAGCUGCGUUACAAGGAUUAAUUACAGUCCUUCCUUGGGAGGCUUCAGCGAGCUGUGAUCUAUACCAGUUAUUUGACUAGACCGACUUUUCAAAGAGAUCUAGAUUUAUUGUUGCCCUAGAAAUCUGGCUUAGGCCACUAAUUUAGACAGGACUCUCCAAUUAUUCGUGGUUUCUGGUUUUUAUCAGCUUAUUGCUAAAGCAACAAUUUUCAUACCAUUCUUUCAAUGCCGCACUGGAGAAGCCAGUUCCCAGAGCAAUGGUAUCAGGCAGGUAAAGAGACCAUCUGAGACAGGUUUUUUAUGAAGAACAGUACUGGAACCAGGGAACAAAGAGUAUAUGGGCUAAUGCUGUCUAAAAUAAAGCCUCCUGGUUGAUGAAGAUCUUUGUGACAUCUUAUGAUUAUCACAAGAUUGUAAUAUGACUGCUUUGUACAAUAUUACAUGUAAUAUAUCACUCAUCCAAUCUUACACAUACUUGUGAUACUGCAAAUGCUGUUCUAGAUAAAGAUAUUUCUGCUGACUGCAAAUGUAAAUUUAGGUAUUAAAAUGUUAUUGCAAGUAAAGAUCUCUUUAAAGAAAAUGUUUAAAUAUAUACAAUUUAAUACAGAUUUCUUUAAUUUGCAUUACUGCUGUCUUUUUCCUUCUGAUUUCAUUUUUUGGAUCUGUUUUAUGUGUUCCUAUAGGUGGGAAUGUUUUCCCCACCUCUACACAAUGCUCUGAGAGAAAGCAAACAUUCCUCUUUUCACAUGCCCAGCUAAGCUCAGGAUGUGCAAGCAGACCCCUAAAUCACCUGCCUCUUACUAGAAAUUUGCUGUGCUAUUUUAAUAGCAUCUUCUUGUAGUACAUAGGAAUUAAAACAUUUUCACAGCCAUUAACGUGAUGUUAUGGUCAUGCUGAACCAGUGAAACCACUGACAUCCUCAGGGUCUUUGACAAUCAGCUGGGUUUAUAACCUCUUU